GGGCCUGGAGCCCUAGGUGUGAACGCGCACAGGCAACCAGGAGCCGGUAGUCGAGGGGAGCGGACCCUGUACUUGGAAAUGGGAACGGAGACUCCACUCCACCUAGCCUGAUUCUGUGACUCAGAGGCAAUAGCCAGGGAAGGUUUUCUGAUUUCAGUGACCCAUGCGAUUAAAUAAUCCAGGAGAGCCUCCUCAUCUCAAGCGCCUUAAUCCAAGCACAUCAGCAGAGUCCCUUUACCGCGCACGUGCCUUAACACCUCAAACUGCAGAAACAGAUGCCAUUCGGUUUUUGGUUGGGACGCAGUCUCUUAAAUAUGAUAAUCAGAUCCAUAUCAUAGAUUUUGACGAUGAAAACAACAUUAUAAAUAAAAAUGUCCUCCUCCAUCAAGCGGGUGAAAUCUGGCAUAUUAGCGCUAGCCCUGCAGACAGAGGUGUGCUGGCGACCUGCUACAACAGAAGUGCAGUGUUGUUUGCUGGAGGGAGGAAGAGCACACCGGGCGUGGUGGACAGAACAGCCUCGACUGCAGCCGGUACUUGGGCAUGGAGAGUGAUAAGGAAACCUCAGAAGACUGGAGCUUAGGCCCCAACUCCACUGCUCGUGGAGACAUCAUAGAAUCGUUUGGGAUCCUUCCUGUAGCUCAGAGUCCCACGAUUGUCUUUGUAAACACGUUGCACCAGGUCUUCUUCAGGGGACAGGUCGCAGCUUCAGACAGCAAAGUCCUGACAUGUGCAGCCGUGUGGAGGAUGCCGAAGGAAUUGGAAUCAGGCAGCCACGAGUCCCCUGAUGAUUCAUCCAGCACUGCGCAGACCCUGGAGCUGCUCUGUCACCUUGACAACACAGCCCAUGGCAACAUGGCCUGUGUCGUGUGGGAGCCAAUGGGAGAUGGGAAGAAAAUCAUUUCCUUGGCUGAUAACCAUAUCCUGCUGUGGGAUUUACAGGAAAGCUCGAGCCAGGCUGUGCUGGCCAGCUCAGCAUCCCUGGAAGGGAAGGGACAACUGAAGUUCACCUCAGGACGGUGGAGCCCACAUCAUAACUGCACCCAGGUGGCCACAGCGAACGACACCACCCUCCGUGGCUGGGACACCCGGAGCAUGAGCCAGAUCUACUGCAUAGAGAAUGCCCACGGACAGCUGGUGCGGGACCUUGACUUUAAUCCCAAUAAGCAGUACUACUUGGCCAGCUGUGGAGACGACUGUAAGGUGAAGUUCUGGGACACCCGAAAUGUCACCGAACCCGUGAAGACCCUGGAGGAGCACUCCCACUGGGUGUGGAACGUCCGCUACAACCACUCUCAUGACCAGCUGGUCCUCACGGGCAGCAGUGACAGCAGAGUCAUCCUUUCCAACAUGGUGUCCAUCUCGUCGGAGCCCUUCGGCCACUUGGUAGACGACGAUGACAUCAGUGACCAGGAGGACCACCGUUCUGAAGAGAAGAGCAAGGAGCCCCUGCAGGACAACGUGAUCGCCACCUACGAGGAGCACGAGGACAGCGUCUAUGCCGUGGACUGGUCCUCGGCCGACCCGUGGCUGUUUGCCUCCCUGAGCUAUGACGGGAGGCUCGUGAUCAACAGGGUGCCCAGGGCCCUGAAGUACCACAUCCUGCUGUGACUCCCGGGCCUGGGUUAUCCAGGUCCCAUAGGGUGGUUUUCCUCUUGGCAGAUUCUCAAACAGUCGCAGCUCUUUGGAGGUGACUCGUUUUCCAGGUGUAUCCCUUUCCGGGAGAGCCGCUGUUCCCUUCCUGUAGCAGCAGCAUUUAUGAAUAGGGUGAAUGGGGCUAUUGUCGACGGCACAGCUAAUGCCCGAACCCAGCCCCUGUCGGCAGAGACAGAGCCCCACAUUGUUAUGUGAAUAACAACGUUUUCUGUUUUAAGGGUGUUAGGAGUUUCACUUUUUAAAAAAAUGUCUGUUCCUGCAAUAGUAACUCUUCUUUCUCUUGAGAGUAAAAAAUGAAAUAAAAUAAAUCCACGCUGCA